GCCUCGACCAGAUGGCGUAAAUGAAGAAUGAGGCUAUGUCUUGGCCUCAUGUUAUAAAGUCUAAGCUCAUGGAGCGUGUUUUAUGAACUAAAGCUUUUCAUCUGUCUUUCUGCAUGAGAUCGCAAUGUCUGUCAAAUCAAUGACCGAGAACUUCCCGCUCGCCAGAUACAGGGCUGGUGGUGGACAUCCGACUGGCCAGCGCAACGGCAUUGAGGAAAAUCUAGAAGAGUCCUUCCUCAGCCAUUUCACCCAGUUGUUCAACAAGUAUGCCGGACCUAAUGGCACCUGGCAUCGAGACCAGAUCGGUCUCUUCAUGCAUCACGUCCAAGUCGAAAACCCCGAUGGCCUGGCAAGUUAUCUUGUCGAUCAAGAUGAGUUAAAUCUACCUGAACUCAUCAAGUAUCUCACAUCACCAUGUGGCAACAUUCUCGAAAUGGCCGCUCCUCAAGAUCUGACCUGGCCAUUGAACAACUACUUCAUCAGCUCAAGCCAUAACACCUACCUCACCGGGAACCAACUUUCCAGCGACUCGAGCACUGAAGCGUACAGAGAUGCCCUGUUACGUGGAUGUCGCUGCAUCGAGAUUGAUGUCUGGGAUGGCAAGGAACAAUGGAAGCCAGGAUUCGGCUCAGAGGAUGAAGCAGAAAGAGAAAUGAAGGAUGUUUCUAGGGAAGCUGCGCCAAGGAAAAUGGGCUUUGCAGAUCGAGCCAUCAUCAAGAUUGGGCGUUGGGCCAUGAAUAAGUUUGAUCCUGUUGACCCCGAUGGCAAGACGGUUGAUGACAGACUCUUGGAUGUUAUCGACGCUGAGCCAAGAGUCCUUCAUGGAUUUACUCUCACCAAAGAGGUUCUCUUCCGUGACGUCUGCCAGACCGUUAAAGAGUAUGCUUUUACCACGUCUGAUCUUCCACUCAUCGUCAGUCUGGAAGUUCACUGCUCUCCACUACAACAAGGCGCAAUGGUCAACAUCAUGGAGGAGGUCUGGGCUGACUAUCUUCUCCCUGCACCCGAGUUCGAGUCCGAUUGCCUACCAUCUCCUCACGAAUUGAGGAACAAGAUUCUGGUCAAGGUCAAAUAUGUUCCAGAGGACGGCAAAGGAAAGGGCAAGGACACGCCUGAUAGUACGGAUGACGAGAGCAUGCUUGAGGUUGUUGUGGAGGGGGACGAGAAGAAGGUCAAGAAGGUCAAGCCACCCAAAAUCAUCCCUCGACUGAGCCGCCUUGGUAUUCAUACUCGAGGGAUUAGUUUCAAGUCACUAGAGGAGCCCGAAGCGUCGAUGCCAAAUCACAUCUUUUCCCUUUCAGAGAAUGCAGCCUUUGCUAUCCAGAGACGCAUGCCAAAGGCUCUGUUCUCUCAUAACAGACAGUUCCUCAUGCGGACUUAUCCACAUGGUAUGCGGUUUGACUCGUCCAACUACGACCCUGUCAUUUUCUGGCGUGCUGGUGUGCAGGUCGUGGCUCUCAACUGGCAAUCAUGGGACCUGGGCAUGGUACUUAACGAGGGUAUGUUCAUGGGCUCGGAUGGAUAUGUUCUCAAGCCUGAGGGAUAUCGUCAUGACCCAAGUGAACAACAUAGCAUUGAGGAGUCUCACAUCCCUAGCAAGACAUUGGAAAGGGUGGCUAUCACAAUCAUAGCAGCACAGAACCUCCCGCUACUCAGCCGCCAUGAUGAUCCUGCCAAGUUCAUCCCUUAUGUCAAGAUUGGCCUGCACACAGAGCCAGAUGCACUCUCAGCCAUGGUCGACGAAAAUGCUACUGCUGAACAGGUCAAGCAAAUUGGGUACAGUAGAGAAACAGGUAAAAGCAAAGGCACCAGUCCAGACUUCGGAGGCGAGACGGUUGAGUUUCUCAAUGUCGAGGGUGUUGUUCCAGAACUGGCUUUCCUUUCAUUCAGGGUCAUGAACGAUGUACCUGGACCUGAUGUCAUGGCCGCUUGGGCUUGUGUUCGUUUAGACAGGUUGAGGCUUGGAUAUCGCUUCUUGAGGUUGCUGGAUAAGGAGGGUAUGCCGAGCAAGGGCAUAUUGUUGGUAAAGAGUGAGGUCAGGGAAGCCUCUUGACCAAAGGUGCAAUAGAAAGAACUGUUAAGGCAUGCUGUAUAUAUAAGAUUGGUGAGGGGUCAAAACAAGCUUUCGAGCACGCGCACAAGAGUGAAGGGCACGUUUUGACAAAAAGGUAUAUACUUUUGUGCCCUCACUGCUGCCUAAGAUGAUACUUUGUGAUAAAUACCUAGUGAUUCUGAUGACCUCGAGACAGCAUCUACUCCUUUUACGUUCGAACCACGUCGUGGCAUACUCGAGUUGAGCAACCCUUUUCAGUGUCAGGCAAUCGCAAAGAUUGGGAAGUAUACAUGUGUUGUCGAGAUGGAUGAUGAGCUGAUGCAAUCCUUGCUUUUGAGUUUCGGUAGCCGGGAUGCCGCGGGCUGCCGCGGGGUUCCGUUAGUUCAAGUCGGCGCCAUUGGACGCAACGAGGAAGCUCCCAUCUCAUGUCGAUCUGCGAACGAGAAUGAACGAGAUCCCAUGUAGCGAAUGCGAAAGUCGUUUACGGAACGAGACAUCAAUGGAGACUUUGUUAAGAAACAAGCUAAAUGUCGCCGAAACACGGGACCGUGGAUUAUUUCAGGGCUGAAGGGAACCUUCAGCCACGAAUCUUGAUGAGGGUUAGCUCCAAUGCUGCAGGUCGUUCGAUUAAUGCAUUGAUCUG